CAAAGAGAAAGAAAGGACCGAGGCUGAUUGCCACCGCCCGUGUUAUGCAAACGAGCCGUGCUUUCUUCCAAUCGGGUGAAGAGGGCGGGCCAAUGAUCCCGUGGUCCGAAGCCUCCUUUCUCUGGGCCCUUCUCUUUCCCUAGCUGGCCGCCAUCUUGUUCUUGCCGCGUGUUGCCUUCGGAGGGUUCGUCGGACUGAGGUAAAGCACGAUGAAUCAAGAAAAGCUGGCUAAACUUCAGGCACAGGUCCGAAUAGGUGGAAAGGGUACAGCUCGUAGAAAGAAGAAGGUAGUCCACAGAACAGCCACAGCUGAUGAUAAAAAGCUUCAGAGUUCACUAAAAAAAUUGGCAGUAAACAAUAUUGCUGGGAUUGAAGAGGUGAAUAUGAUAAAAGAUGAUGGAACAGUUAUUCAUUUCAACAAUCCCAAGGUCCAGGCUUCGCUCUCUGCAAACACUUUUGCAAUUACUGGUCACGCUGAAGCCAAACCAAUUACGGAAAUGCUACCUGGCAUCUUAAGCCAGCUGGGUGCUGACAGCUUAACAAGUCUCAGAAAGUUAGCUGAACAGUUCCCAAGGCAAGUGUUGGAUAGCAAAGUACCAAAAUCAGAAGAUAUUGAUGAAGAAGAUGAUGACGUUCCUGAUCUUGUAGAAAACUUCGAUGAAGCAUCAAAAAAUGAAGCUAAUUAAUUAAUUAAUGGUUCUGGAAGUUGACAUGGACUAGAUUUAAGAAAUCAGCUUUGUGGUUCCAAAGUUUUACAGAAACAUUGAACAUUACCCGUUUAAUAGUUCAUAAUAUAAAAUAUUUUGUAUUUUAAUUAUGCUGCUUGUUCAGCAUUUCCUGUCAGUUGAUUUUUGCAUUUUGCACUUACUCCCAGGAUCUACCUUUUCAGUUAAAAAAGAAAAAAAACACAAAUAAGACAUUUUCAGUGCAGAUUAAGAGGUGUGUGCAUGUGUGUGGGAUGUGUGUAUGUGGCUUUGCGUAUAGUGGAGAGGAAAUCGGUGAACAGAUCUGUUUGACUUUCCCUUCCCCUUCUAAAGUAGAAAUAACAUAAGCCUUUAACUUGGUUAAAGUAACCUUUCUUAUUGCUACCAAACAGUUCACAUAAAAUAGUGAAAAGUUAGUCUAGCUUGCCUACAUUUCAUGAACAUUUACUAAUAACAUUUGGGUUUAAUUUUCUUUAACUAUUAUAUUUGCAAAUGUAUUUCUUUUCCAUAGUGACAUUGUGUAUGUUCAGUUUUCCAUCAGCCUCCUUUUUACUCUAAAUUGUACCAAAGACAGGGUAUUAAUUAACAAGCAUGUUUGUUGCAACAUUUUUAAAAAAUACAUAAGAGUGCCCCCGCCCCAGCUCCUUUCUCGUUCACCUUAAUAUUUAACUUGGGCUGCAUUCACAUGUUAUGGAGUAAUCUACUUUUCUUUGGAUAAAUGCACUAUUCUGUGAAGUCCUGCUUGUUUGUGCUGAGCAAGUGCCAUUCUUGCAUUUAUGGCAAGCUUUUGUUAAAAUCUGCAAGAAACCAGAUUAUAUUCUUGUUCAGGGUUUCUGGUAAAAGAUCACAAUGUCUGGGACUGUGCUAAAGAGUGGAGGCUGCAUUCUAUUUAGUGCUGUAUCCAAUGUGUAGUAGUUUCUCUUUGGUACAAUUAGCUGAUUUUCAUUUACACCUCUCUUCAAAGUGCUGAAUGCCAUUUGAUCAUAUUCAUCUCAGCUAAGCAGUAAUCCUCUUUAUUUGUGGGUAUAUUUUCCGUUAGUAUUGCUCACUUUUAGAGGAGGAGAAGAGUCUCAACUCAGAUUUUAAGUAGAAAAUAGGGCAUCAUUGUACUCUGGUAGAUAAUUUUGUUAAAAGAGGUAAAACAGUUUGAAUGUUACAAUUCAACUCCCAAGAGUAUUUGAGCUCCUAUCUUAUUUCAAGACACUAGAAUCUGGAAGUGUAGUUUGGAUGAUACCGAACGAACAAGGGAAGUGCUAUUGGUUGUGUUGUGUUUUGUCUUGUGCCUAAAUUGUCCAAGAAAAGGCUUAAAACAUUAAUUUUGAGGGUUGUGUGCCCUCACUUCUAUCUGCAGCCUACUCUGGGUUACAGUCACAUUUGAAAACAAAUGCCCUGCUCUGGUGCGCAAAGAAUAGUGGCAGUAUCCAGUAUUUUCUAAGCCUUCCUUCAAACUGCUCAGUGUGAAGCUCUUCCUAGCGGUUCUUCAAAGGUGCUUGGUGUAAUCUUUGCAGUUGAGCAUCAUUUUAACCUUUGUCAAGGGCAGCUAUGGCUUGGGAAAGCCAUCUUAUCUUUGGCGUACUUUUGAGACAUAUCCACUUUCUGUGUAGAGACAUACACCCAGUGACUAUAAAGUGUGAGGCUAUCAGUAUGUCAGCAUUCUAGUGACAUCAAGCUGAACCAUGAAGGCAGAGCUUGUAGUGGUUUGUCAUCUGGACUGCUCACUUGAUUUUAUAGAUUUGUUUGGUUUUCUUGUUCUAUUUUAUAUAAUACAUGGAUCUUAAUAAAAUAAUUCAAAAGAG